CGCUUCUGACGCGCGUUCUGAAGGUUCCUGACGUUCCGCAGGAUGGAUUUCUUCAAGCAGCAGAACGUGGAGGAGUUCUACGAGAUCGGCGAGGAGCUGGGGAGCGGCCAGUUUGCCAUCGUGAAGCGGUGCCGGGAGAGGACCACGGGCCGGGACUUCGCCGCCAAGUUCAUCAAGAAGCGUCAGAGCACGGCGAGCUGGCGCGGCGUGCGGCGCGAGGAGAUCCAGCGCGAGGUGGCGGUCCUGAGGCAGACCCGGCACCAGAACAUCGUCACGCUGCACGACGUGUUCGAGAACCGCACCGACGUGGUCCUCAUCCUGGAGCUGGUCUCUGGGGGGGAGCUGUUCGACUUCCUGGCCCAGAAGGAGUCUCUGAGUGAGGAGGAGGCCACGCAGUUCAUCAGGCAGAUCCUGGAGGGAGUCCAGUACCUGCACACACACAACAUCGCACACUUCGACCUGAAGCCUGAGAACAUCAUGCUGUUGGAUAAGAACGUUCCGCUGCCCAGAAUCAAACUCAUUGACUUCGGUCUGGCUCACAAGAUGGAAGCUGGAGUCGAGUUCAAAAACAUAUUCGGGACUCCGGAGUUCGUGGCUCCAGAGAUCGUGAACUACGAGCCGCUCGGUCUGGAGGCCGACAUGUGGAGCAUCGGGGUCAUCACCUACAUCCUACUGAGCGGCGCCUCGCCCUUCCUGGGAGAGAGCAAACAGGACACGUUGGGAAACAUCUCGGCCGUGAACUACGAGUUUGACGAGGAGUUCUUCUGCCACACCAGCGACCAGGCCAAGGACUUCAUCAGCCAGCUGCUGCAGAAGGACAGGAGGAAGAGGCUGACCAUCCAGGCUGCUCUGAAUCACCCGUGGAUCAAGUCCAACGAGCACAGGGACGAGAAUAAGACACCGGAGCGGAAGAAGCGGGAGCGCCGGCAGCUGAAGACCAAGCGGCUGCGGGAGUACACCCUCAAGUCCCACUCCAGCAUGCCGCCCAACAACACCUACGCCAACUUCGAGCGCUUUGCCCGGGUGGUGGAGGACAUUGGCCGGAUGGAGGACGCCUUCACUGGCCUGGCGGUGGCGCGCAGCACCCUGCGGGGGGACGUGGAUGCCCUGGCGUCUGUCUGUGACGAGAAGGAGGCGUGGUACAGGCGGGAGGGUGAGGGCGCACGCCACGACCUGUCCCAGAUCCGCUACGAGUUCCGAAAGGCGGAGGCGCUGAGGCGCCACCUGCAGGACGACGUGCGCGCCUUCGGCCGGAGCCUGGCUGCCGCUGGUGAGCGCUACCGGGAGCGGCAGGGCCGCUACGACGCCCUGAGGGCGGAGCUCAGCAGCGAGCUGCACUGGGUGCAGGAGGUGGUGGGCGGAGGAGGAGGAGGAGGAGGAAGUUCCCCCGACGGCGGCUUCUCCACCGUCUUCAACAACGAGGUGAAUGAGGCCCUGAAGGAGCUGCUGAGCCGGUCCUGUGGAGGAGAGCUGCUGUCCGGGAUCGACCUGGACCUCAGCGAGUCUGGCCAGCAGAGGUGAAGGAUGCAGCAGGUGCCCCGGGGUCACGGGGUCACCGCUGCUGGCGCCCUAGGGCCACUAGGGUCAUAGCUGGUAGCCUGGCACGCCAGACUGUCUCCAUGCUCAGGGAUUCACGGGGAAACAGUCUGGGACCACGCCGUUUGAAUCUGACUUCUGCCCGGCAAACUUCUGCCGGGCCAAUCACAGCCCACGAGAGGCGGGAGUUAGCAGAGGUGUCAAGAAAUUACUUUCCCAUGCCAUGUUUUCGU